UCAGAGAGGUCUAAUUUUCAGAGAGGUGCCUUCCUAUAAAUAACGUUCACAACCCUUCUAUGCUCGUUGGCAGGGGUAGGACAUGCAGUGCGUCAAACAUCUCAAAUAAAACAAAACAACUGGCUACACAGACGCCCGGACUACGGAGACGCGGGUUGAUUGAAUAACAAUUGUGUGUACAUUUAUUUCGCAGCGCUCGCGCAUGCAACCUGGGCGGUCUAGUCACGGAGUCAAGCGCUUCCUGGUGGAUUCAUUCGAGGAGUUUCUCUAGUUUCAAGAAACUUUAUUUUAAUAUGUACAUGUUCUAGGCUAUAGAUACAGUAUGUUUACUAUUGUAGCCUAAAAAACGCUAGUUUCAAGAUAAUAGUGUGGAACACACACCCUUGGAAAGACUACCACAUUGAGAGAGGAGCCAAGCACUCAGGGUUUGGGAUUUACUGGAACCAGGACAUAUCCAUCCUUAAGGAUUUUAGUGACGUAGUUCCUCCGGAUUGUGGGAAUCCCAUUGAACUGACCAGGAGGGAGUUGCUUGCUUUAGCAAAACCAACAGUGGAGUCGACCAUGGGGGAUAAAGAGGACUUAGUAGUGACCACGGCUGUGAACUUUGUUGGGAAUGGAAACUUCCUGGACUCUGCGUUCCGCUACACCUUCUUCCCAGUGUUCUACGGUGUUGUGUUCAUCCUUGGGCUGAUAUCCAAUAGUUAUGCGCUGUUCGUGCUGUGGCGCCUGCGCGAUUCCAAGGCCUUGAACGAGAUCUGCAUCUACAUGGCCAACCUGACUGUGGCCGACCUCCUCUUCGUGUCCGCCCUCCCCUUCUGGAUUGGCUACUACCAUCAUGAUGGCGUCUGGCUCUACGGCGAAUUCCUGUGCCGUGUCACCGGCGUGUUCUUCUUCAUCAACACCUACUGCUCCAUCCUCUUCCUUGCUGCCAUCAGUAUCAACCGCUACUGGGCCAUCACGCGUCCGCUGGAUGCCGCCUCGUCCGACCAUUGGUGCCGUGGGGUGGCCGUCACAGCGGUCAUCUGGGGGGUCACUCUGUCCAUGUCUGUGCCAUACCUCGUGCAGACGGGCAUUCAGAAGGACAAGAGCAACGUGUCGCGAUGCUUCGAGGGCUACCACCAGGAGACGGAUGGCGAGAAGCGGCUUGUGGCCGCAACCCACCUUAUUAUUGUGGGGUGCUUCGUCUUGGUCUUCUUCCUCGUCGUAGUGUGUAAUCUGCUCAUCGCCCGGGCGUUACUAGCCCAGUCCCUUACCCAGGCUCGGGGCUCCAGUUCCUCCAAACCCCGGGGGGUGAAGGGCCGGGCCCUGCAGAUGCUGUGUGCUGUGGUGGGGGUGUUUGUGGUGUGCUUCCUCCCCCACCACAUGGUCCAGGGCCCCUGGACCCUGGCUGUGCUGGAGAUCAAGGAUGGCUGGGGCAGCACGGAAUGGAGCCAGAAGACCAAGCAAUGGUUGAACGACGCCCACCAGGUCACCCUGAUGCUGAUGGGGCUCAACUGCCUCUUCGAUCCCGUGGUGUACUGCUUCGCCACCAGGAGGUUCCACAUGUAUAUCAAGGACCAUCUGAAAAAGGUGGGGAGGGGCAGAGCCUGCUCGGAAACAGCCAUCACACACAUCUCUAUAGUGGAAUGCAAGAAUGUGAGCUAGCGGCUCCAUAGCGAACAGCAGCAGCUCAAUAAUUAAAGUCCUUCACUGUAACGGAAAACUGUCAGUUAUAUGGUAAAUUUGGGUAUUAUCAAUAGUAAAGUACUCCAAACAUUUUACUUCAGCAUAGUGUAAAUUGUUGUGUGCGGGGAAACAAUUGCUUUAUUUUGAAUGGUACUGUAAUUCCACCCCACAGAAUACAGUACUGUACCUUGUCUUUGGGGGGCCAAAAACAUUUUGACCACUUGUGAGUGCAUGUUAUUGUUGUUUCUGGCUUAUUAACAUAUUUUGAGACGUGCCUUGUAAGAGGCUAUAUUUGUUGCACCCAUGAGUGAAAAUGCUGUACCAAUUUAACUCCUAUGUUAAAGGAGACAGAUUGUACAGGGGACAGAUUUUAGUGGCAGCAAGCCUCUACAGGUGCAAGUAAUAUAAAACACCAAUUAUGCAUUAAUAUGCUGUGGGAUGUUUACAACCAGAUGCAUCUGGUUUUCAAGGGAAAAGGAAAGAGAGCCUGUGACGCCUACACGACUUCCACUUUUGAACAUUAACAAGGCGACACUCCAUCUUAACUCCUCCUCCACAUUUAUUGGAUUGGUUGAACAGUGCAGAAGAGAACCUCCCCUACCAUUUUUUUCUUCUCGUCAGCUACGUUAGGUUACCUAGCAGCCAACCUGCUUGCACCAAUCCCUUGUAAUUACAGUAAAAUACUGUGAAAUACAAACCCGUCCCCUCAAAGAAUUUCAUUCAUCCAUUCAUCCAUGUGCCGACCUUACAGUGAAGUGCUUACUUACAUACAAGCCCUUAACUAACAAUGCAGUUAAGAAAAAUAAGUGUUUAGAAAGUAUUUACUAAAAUAAACUGAAGUAAAAAAUAAAAAGAAGAAAAUAGAAAAAUAUUUAAAGAACAAAAAUAAAAUAACAGUAUUGCGGCUAUAUACAGGGGGUACCGGUACAGAAUCGAUGUGCGGGGGCACCGGUUAGUUGAGGUAAUAUGUACAUGAAGAUAGAGGUAAAGUGACUAUGCAUAAAUAAUAAACAGAGAGUAGCAGCGGCGUAAAAAUGGGGGAGGGGGGGGCAGAUGCAAAUAGUCCGGUUAGCCAUUUGAUUAGCUGUUAAAUUUCACCAUAUCUUUCGUCCUGUUCUUUUUCUCUUUGCGCGUAAACAGAGUAUAAAAGCAGAAGUUUCAUAGGGAACUGGAGCUUCUAUAAAUGAUCAAUUCACCCCGUAUACAAUUCCCCCUGGAAGGAGAUUAAGGGCUCUAUUCAGAAAUCCUCAUUAUUUCGUUGAAUGAUUUAAAAUUUGAGUGUCAUUAUUUCCAUAUGGCCUAUACUUUCUCGUUCUGAACUUCUAACGUGAGUAGGACGGGUCUGGCUUUGUGACAAUGAUCAAGACCAGCUGCUCACCGAUAUGACAGCUCCAAUGCAGUUACACCUCCGACACCGCCAAAACAUCAGCUAUCUGGGUGUCGGCUAUUGCCGGUUAAUGCUGAUCUGAUUUAAUCUAGGCCUAAGGGUCCCACUGUUCAGCAAGAGUAGGAGCAGGGCAAGUUUCAUUCAGCCAUCAGGCUGCUGAACAGUGGGAUGGAUGGACAGUAGGCCCCAGAGACUUUGAAUAUGUGAAAAUCUAAAUGUGUGACUUGUGUACUAGCUUUCCAGUUUUUCCUACGGCAUGUAAUAUAUUGUGUUGUGUUUGUAUAUUUGUAUGCUGACAUCACAAAAUUAAUUUACAUGUAAAUGGACAAAGUAUAUCGUAUUUGUUUUGCAAUUUUGUACGACAAAUUUUGCAAAACAAAUACUGGGAGCCAAGAAGUACUUUUAAAAGUGUGAUGCAUUGCUAUUAUUGUUAUUGCUAUUAUUAUUAUAAAGAAUGAUGAAGUAACAAGCUUUAAGGUCAUUUUAUGAGGCUGGUAACCAUCCUAGAUGUCAAUUCAACAUCUCUUCCAUGUUGGGUCAGCGUAAUUUCAUUGAAAUGACGUGGAAACAAUGUUGAUUCAACCUGUGUAUGCCCAGUGGGAUGUGAUGAACUUGAUGACUUCUCAGCUGUCAGCUGCUGAAGAAUAAACAGAGACGGUUUAUGAAGUAAGUUGACCACUGGUAUAAAUGUUGCACUUACUGUAACUCUUUGUAUGUGAUGCAAUUGGAACAUAUUGUGUAACGCUGUACUGCAUUCUCAAAUAAAACAUAUCUAACAGAUAUAUUGUUAUUGAAA